AUGACCAUACAGCCGACGCCAUUACUAUCAACAAAACCAAAAGUGUCUCGACAACUUUCGACGUUAUCACCACAACCAACGUCGUCGGUGCUCGGACCGUCAUCGUCUGACGCAGCAGAAGCAACGGAAGGGGAGUUGAGUGAGAAUGAAUUUCACCGGCUCGCAGACGAAGCCCUGCACUGGCUCCAUGAGAAAUUCGAUGCUCUUGGAGAUGAGCUGGACAUAGAAGGAUUCGAUGCAGACCUGUCACAAGGAGUUUUGACGCUUCGUCUCGGACAACACGGAAUUUUUGUUAUCAACAAGCAAGCCCCAAACAGGCAAAUCUGGCUUUCAUCCCCACAAAGUGGUCCAGCACGCUUUGACUGGUUACCAGGCCAGGGUUGGGUGUACCGUCGCACAGGAACAGAGCUCAUUCUGCUGUACCCUCUUGUCGAACUCCCUCCUCUGCUGUUCUGCGCUCUGUCCUUUUCCACCUCCUUCCGUCCCUUCCCCUUCGCCCAGCCCCCACUGCCACCUCCCCCGCUUCGCCAUGCAAAUCCCCUUCCCUUUCCUGCUUUGCUCUCUCCAGCUUCCCUCCCCACUCCCCCUCUCACGCCGCUUUGUCCUUCCAUCGCUUCCAUCUGGGCGUCCAUCCUUCCCUCCCUCCCUCUCCCUCUCCAUCCCUUUCUUCCAUUUCCCUUUCGUUAUUUUUCCACUUGUCGUCUGACUGCCCUCUCCUGCCAUUUCCCCCCAUCUGUCUUUCAGCUUUCCCUUUCCCCGUCCGUCCCUUCUUCCCUGCACACCUUUUUCCCCCCUUGUCCGUUUUUCCUAACCCUAUCCAUCCCUCCCCCACUCCACCUCUUACUUAUCUUCCUCAUCUACCCCAUCCCACCCACUCUUCCCCUCGUCCUCUCUCCAUCGCCCUCAAUUCUUGUCCCUUAUAGUUGCCCCUUUUCCCUUCCACCACCACCCUUUGUUUCCCCCCUUUGGCCCUCUCUUGGCCCUCCUUCCAUCACUCGUCUCCUUCCAUCCUGUCAGGCCCCUCUCCCCACUGGCUUUCCCUCUUAG